AUGUGUGGAAUAUUAGCAGUUUUGGGUUGCUCUGAUGAUUCACAAGCUAAAAGGGCUCGAGUGUUGGAGCUUUCACGAAGAUUGAAGCACCGUGGACCUGACUGGAGUGGAAUGUACCAACAUGGAGACUUUUAUUUGUGCCAUCAACGUCUUGCGAUCGUGGAUCCAGCGUCCGGUGAUCAACCUCUAUAUAAUGAAGACAAAGCCAUUGUUGUAACUGUGAAUGGAGAGAUAUACAACCACGAAGACUUGAGGAAGCGUUUACCGAAUCAUCGUUUCCGAACAGGAAGUGACUGCGAAGUCAUAGCUCAUCUGUAUGAGGAACACGGAGAAGAUUUUGUGGACCUGUUGGAUGGGAUAUUUUCAUUUGUAUUGUUGGACACCCGUGACAACAGUUUCAUUGUUGCUCGAGAUGCAAUUGGGAUCACCUCCCUCUAUAUUGGUUGGGGACUGGACGGUUCGAUAUGGGUUGCGUCAGAAAUGAAAGGACUGAAUGACGAAUGUGAACAUUUUGAAUACUUUCCUCCCGGUCACUUGUACUCAAGCAAACAAGGUGGUUUCCAGAGAUGGUACAACCCGGCGUGGAUAUCAGAAACAAUUCCCUCUACUCCAUAUGAUCCGUUGGUUCUCAGACAUGCUUUUGAAAAAGCCGUCAUUAAGAGGCUAAUGACUGAUGUACCUUUCGGAGUUCUGCUCUCGGGUGGAUUAGACUCAUCCUUGGUUGCCUCUGUCACUGCUCGCCACUUUGCUGCGUCAAAAGCAGCAAAGAAUUGGGGACCUCAACUUCAUUCCUUUUGCAUUGGCCUUGAGGGCUCGCCAGAUUUGGAGGCAGCAAGAGAGGUUGCAGAUUAUCUGGGUACCAUUCAUCAUGAAUUUCACUUUUCAGUUCAGGACGGAAUCGACGCGAUUGAAGACGUUAUAUAUCAUAUUGAAACGUAUGACGUGACAACAGUAAGAGCAAGUACUCCUAUGUUUCUUUUGGCCCGCAAGAUUAAGUCACUAGGAGUGAAAAUGGUGAUAUCUGGGGAAGGAUCCGACGAGAUAUUUGGCGGGUACUUGUAUUUUCACAAGGCACCAAAUAAAGAAGAGUUCCACCGCGAAACAUGUCGUAAGAUUAAUGCUCUCCAUCAGUAUGAUUGUUUGAGAGCUAAUAAAUCAACUUCUGCUUGGGGUUUGGAGGUCCGCGUUCCAUUUUUGGACAAAGAAUUUAUCAAUGUAGUAAUGGAUAUUGACCCCGAGUGGAAAAUGAUUAAUAAGAGUCAGGGGCGCAUUGAGAAAUGGAUUCUCCGAAAGGCCUUCGACGAUGAAGAGCGUCCUUACCUUCCAAAGCACAUUCUCUACAGGCAGAAAGAACAGUUUAGUGAUGGUGUUGGCUACGAUUGGAUCGAUGGGCUCAAAGAACACGCCGCAGAAAAUGUGACGGACAAAAUGAUGCUUCAGGCAGAGCACAUUUACCCUCAUAAUACACCUCCAAGUAAAGAAGCUUACUACUAUAGAAUGAUCUUUGAGAGGUUCUUCCCGCAGGUAAUAAAAUCGUCAGCAAUGCUAACGGUUCCGGGAGGUGCAAGCGUAGCCUGCAGCACAGCCAAGGCCAUUGAAUGGGACUCUAAUUGGUCCAACAAUCUCGACCCCUCUGGCCGAGCUGCCUUAGGUGUUCAUCUUCUGAAUGUACCUAACAAUCAUUAGGAGUUCCAGAGAGUGAGGUUAA